CAAAGGGAGACAUGGAGAGAGAAGCUUAUAAGCUUUGUUUCUCUCACUAUCUCUCUGUCUAAAAAACUUUGCUUUCCUUUAUUUCUCUAUCUAUGUCUCCUACAUUGUCUUGUUCUACUUCAAGAAUCUCUCAUCUCACUUCCAUGCAUUAAAGCGUUUGUCUCUCUUGACUAAUUGCAUUCUCAUGCUUUGCGGGUUUCUUCUUGUUUCUUGUUCAUAAGCGUUUCAUUAGCGCAUUGACAAAGUCUUACUACAAGAGGAAACCAAGAACACCCAUUUGCUGUUUGGUCCCUUUUGAUUCAUUUCUAGUCGAGACCAAGAAAUCCAUUCGUGGUUGAGUGUAUUUGGCUGGGUUUGGGGUAGCUUUCAGAGGUUUUUAGAGUUUGUAGAGAGUAAAGACCUUCCUGACUUGCUUCAAAGCUUGAUAUACUGAAAGCUCAUAAAUUGUGGAAGGAGAAUUCCAGCUGUGGAGUUCUAUAUCUUUUGAGUUAGUGACCUUUUUCUGGUGGCAUUAAUCAAAGCUUGGGAACCGGGGAGGGGGAGAAAGUAAAAUAAGAGCUAUAUGAAUUAACAGUGAAAAAUGACUGAUGGGAAUUCCAAGAAAAGCAAGCUCUCCUGGUCCAAGAAAAUGGUCAGAAAGUGGUUCAACAUCAAGAGCAAAAAUGAGGACUUUCAAGCUGAUAAUAUUUACGGAGGGGGUGAAGUUGAGUACAGGACUAGCUUCUCAGAGAGGGAGCCAUGUACAAUUAAAAAGAGCAAAACAGCAGAGAAAUUUAGCAAGAAUCCAGAGCAGUUCCGUCGACGUAGAAUGAAUCUCGACCAUCCUCGUAUCAUAGACGUUCAAAACCACAGUAUUUUUGUAGCUUCAUGGAACGUGGCUGGAAGAUCCCCUCCGAGUAAUUUAAGUCUUGAUGACUGGCUUCAUGCUUCACCUCCGGCAGAUAUUUAUGUUCUUGGGUUUCAAGAGAUAGUUCCUUUGAAUGCUGGUAAUGUUCUGGGUGCAGAAGACAAUGGCCCUGCCAAAAAAUGGCUGGCUCUCAUCAGAAAGACUCUAAACAAUCUUCCCGGAACUAGUGGAAGUGGUGGAUGCUAUACACCAUCUCCAAUCCCUGAGCCAAUCGUAGAAAUAGAUGCAGAUUUCGAGGGAUCAUCUAGACAAAAGAAUGCUUCUUUCUUUCAUCGCCGGUCAUUCCAGACAACCCAUAGCUGGAGAAUGGACAACGAUCCUUCAAUUCCACAGCCACGACUUGAUCGGCGAUUCAGUGUAUGUGAUCAGGUAAUAUUCGGUCACAGGCCAAGUGACUAUGAUCCUAGCAAUAGAUGGGGUAACAGGUCUAGUGACUACUCAAGGCCCAGUGAUUACUCAAGGCCCAGUGAUUACUCCAGAUGGAGCUCUUUGGAUGAUGAUAACGGGCCCGGGGAAUCACCAAGUACUGUAUUAUAUUCACCAGGUUCCUAUUCUGCAUCUACCGAAGAUGGACACGGGAGGCCAGGGCAUUCAAGGUACUGCUUAGUGGCAAGUAAGCAAAUGGUUGGCAUAUUCCUGACAAUAUGGGUGAAGAGUGAAUUAAGGGAUCACGUCAAAAACAUGAAGGUAUCUUGUGUUGGCAGAGGAUUGAUGGGUUACCUAGGAAACAAGGGAUCUAUUUCUGUCAGCAUGUCCUUGCACCAAACAAGCUUUUGCUUCAUUUGCAGCCAUUUAACCUCUGGACAGAAGGAAGGUGAUGAGUUAAGAAGGAAUGUAGAUGUCAUGGAGAUUCUUAAGAAGACAAGGUUUCCACGGGUUAAUAACGCGGGAGAUGAGAAGUCCCCAGAAACAAUCCUCGAACACGAUCGAGUUAUUUGGCUUGGGGAUUUGAAUUAUCGUAUUGCCCUGUCUUACCGAGCUGCCAAGGCACUAGUUGAGAUGCAAAAUUGGAGGGCAUUGUUGGAAAAUGACCAGUUAAGGAUAGAGCAGAGGCGAGGUCGUGUUUUUGUGGGAUGGAAUGAGGGGAAAAUUUAUUUUCCUCCAACGUACAAGUAUUCAACUAAUUCUGACAGAUAUGCAGGAGAUGAUAUGCAUCCAAAGGAUAAACGCCGAACCCCAGCUUGGUGCGAUAGAAUUUUAUGGUAUGGAGAAGGUCUCCAUCAAUUAUCUUAUGUACGCGGGGAAUCUCGGUUCUCGGAUCAUAGGCCUGUCUAUGGAAUAUUUUGGGCAGAGGUUGAAUCGAGCCACGACCAAUUGAGGAAAAGCACUAGUUAUUCUAGUUCCAGAAUUGAGGUAGAGGAGCUUUUCCCUUACUCGCAUGGGUAUACCGAACUGAACUUUUUUUGAAGGUUGAUGAGAUUGGCUGUAAAUAUGUUUUCAAGUAUUACAAUUUUCUCCACAUAUGAAGUAUGGUUUGGCAUCCUCAAUCACUCAGGCGGGAAUCACUUUGAACAAAUUUUGCCCUGAAGGGUGAUAUAGAGACAUUCCGUUGCCCACUGACUGAAAAAGGUGUAAAUAUGUGUAAUUUGGUCAACUAAUUAACUCCAUACAUUAUCAGCUCGUGUAACUUCGAUCAGCAUAACGUUCCAGUUGCUAUUUGGUACAUAAUUGAGGUACCAGAUUGACUAAAACCUACCUUUUUUGUCACAGUUUCGUACAAGCACUAUCAGUUUUUCAUUAUGAUUCGGAUGAACUCAACCCAUCAGGAACUGCGAAGUCGGUGACUAAAGAUCAAUUUAUUCAUGAUUCUUUUCUUUUUUUAAUCUUUUUUUUUUUAGUUUAGGAAACACUCUUAAAUUUUGAUGACCGAAAGAAGAUGAAGGAUGCUCAAAACAAUCAUUUAGGGAACUCACCUUUUGUUUUAAAUGUAGAAACCAAGUAAAGAUCCGAUGGAUAUUCAUUACCAAAGUGAUAGGAAAAAAAUUAUAUAUAUUGAAACUUAUGAUAGAUUUGAGAA